CAGUGGGCACUGGGCAGCAGCAGUGACUAGACAAGCGCUUUAUCGACACAAGCAGAGCACAGGUGCCGAAUAACCCAGCAAAAUGCUCUUUUAAACAAUCGCACGUCUCAUCCCGGAGCCAGAGACGUGAUGAGGAGUAAAAGUCCAAUGUUGCAUUAGUCUCAUUGUGACAUGCUGGCCUGUCUGCCGGUAUCAAACCUCUCCUUCCAGCUUCUCUCGUACACGCAGAUGAACACUGGACUUCAGAAAUGGGACACUACACAGAGGAUGAGAUCAGCACACUAUCCUACCCCAGCGGAAUUGGAUGCCUAUGCUAAGAAAGUUGCCAAUAACCCACUGACUAUAAAAAUCUUCCCCAAUAGUGUGAAAGUACCUCAGAGGAAGCAUAUUCGCCGCACCGUUAACGGUCUCGACACCUCCAGCCAGCGAUACAGCCCCUACCCACCUCAGGUCAACACCCGGACGGGCCUCUUGGCCAUCGUCAAAGUUCCCGUCAAAGGGAUCCUCAAGGACAUUGAAGGCGGCCGAGCCCGUUUUCUCCCCAAGCUCAUCAUGAACCCGCACAGUGGGCUUUACACCAGUUCCAGCACUUUAAAUGUUCCUCACACUGUUCCACACGUUCAGACUCCUUUAGGCCAGAAGAGCCUCGCCCACUCUCAGGCCUUGCAGGCCCAUUCACAAUCCCUGCAGCAGAAGAGUAGUUUACAACCACAGCAGAGCCUGGCUCAUCAGGAGGCUUUACAUCAGAGCCAGGCUCACCAACCGCCAGUACCACACCACGCCCUAAACCACCAACAGACUCUCAUGCAGCAGCAGCAGACACAAUUGCCUGGUCCACAAGGACUACGGCAUCUGCCUGAUAUCGCGCAGUCUGUGAACCUGCAACACUCCCAGGGCUUCUCUCAAUCCCAACCCAUGCCACAGGCCUCUUGCACUGGGCCGCCGGCCCCGGGGGUCUUACAGCCACCCCUGGCAGGCUUACAGAUGGCACGCAAACUGCCUGACGCCGAUGCCCCUCCCAAUGUGACUGUGUCUACCUCAACCAUACCGCUGUCCAUGGCUGCCAGCCUGCACCAGAACCGGCCCAGCGACUUGAGCAGCAUCGUCAAUCAGAUCAACCAGUUCUGCCAGGCUCGGGCUGGCAUGGGCUCUACCUCCGUGUGUGAAGGACAGAUUGCCAACCCCAGUCCCAUCAGCCGCAACCAGCUCAUCAACGCAAGCUCUCGGGUGUGCACUCAUCACGUUGUGGGUCCACCGCCUUCUUGCGUCCUUGGCAACUCUGACAAAGGUGGUCCUGCUCUGCAUCUGCCCGACAUCGCGGCCAUGAACAGGAUGCCCCUUUACCACAAUGACAUGAAGCAGCAGCAGUCCCAGCCACAACGUCAGCAGGGCCCUUGGGGCCAGCACCAGUUGGCACACCUUCAGCACCUUCCGGAGGGAGCGGCUCACCAGGGCAAGAAUCUCCCUAGAGAAGGCCUAGUGGGACCAGGGUUCCUAACCAAGGGCAUGGGCUACCCGCAGGAGGUGUGCAUGGCUCAGUCCUUCAACUUGAAGCCCCCCACUGAUAAACCAACUCCAUCUCCUCCGGUCAAUGGGAUGCCCAUGAGUUACAGCAACGGCCACUACAUGCAGCCUCACUGGAACAGCAUCCUGCCCACACCAAACAGUGACAGCUCAGGGUCUCAAGACCUGGUGGGGCCGUUCCACGGAGGCCUCUCAGGGGCCUCCAUAGACUGCACCCCUGGAGCACAGUACAGGACGGGGCUGUCCAUUUCAAGCCAGACCAACCUGAUGCAGACCAUGGAGUACAUGGGUGGCGACUUCCAGGCGCCCUGCUUCCGAGCGCAGAAUCCUGGCACAAUGUCAAAGAUGCACAGAGCCUCAGUCAGCAGGGCCACAGAUUCAGGUGAUAGUAGAAAUGUCCACAUCCACCACCCAGGGUACAGAUGAGCUGCGGCCAGUUCACGCUAGUCAGUGUUAGUCGGAGCGCAAGGAAAAAAUUCCCCCAUCUUGCAAGUGAUCUACUGAAUGUUUCCUGUGUGAUUAUUUACGUGGCUACCACAAAUCUUAACACCCAUGUGCCACUUUGGUUUCUUUUAUUAUUUUAAUUUAGUAUAGAUUACUUAAAUAAUUAGCCGUUGGGGGGGGGGGGGGGUGGCUUUUAUUUAUUCUAUUUUUAAAAGAAAACAGCCAUAACAGCUUCAGUUUAUGACAUCAGCACUGUUUUUUUUUUUUUUUGCUUUCUCCAAGUCCUAUCUGGUCUGUGUAAUGUAAUUGGAAAAAUGUACCACAUAACUCGCAUAUAUUUAUUCGCUCUUUGUUUUUUGAUUAGCAAAUGUCCAUUAUUUAAAAAGCUGAGAAGAAAUUCUCAGCAAAUUCCAUUUGUAUGUAGUUUAGGCCUACUUGAGAUUUGAAGUACUAACUCACUGAAGACAUUUUAGGGGUGCCAUGAUGCUGAAAUCUUUGGCUGUUCCAUCGAAGCUAACAGCUUGUACAAUGUAUAGAGGUUGAUUUUUAUUUUGUUCCUCUCAAUGUUUACAUAUUGUGCUUUUGUAACUAAUCCUAAAUCGAUAUGAAAGUGCAAACUGAUACUGGGAUAUGCACAUAUGACAAGACUGUUUCUUUUUCAGACUGUUGAACAUGAAUCAGGUUAAAGUCUUUGAUGGAAAUGUUACACUGGGCUGAGUAAAGCCACAUCGUGUACAACGUUAAUCCUUCUUUUGAAGUGUCAGUUAAUGCGCUAUCCUUUUUAUCCUAUUUUUUUUUUCCUGAGUAUCUUAUUAGAUUUCAGUUUAAAUGGAGACUGCUGUAGACUGAAAUUGCUUCGAGACUUGUGCUGUGCCCUAAUUGCAUAGCUUAGGGGUUUAUUUUGUGUCUCAACUUAAUUGUUACUACUUGAAUUUCAUUGGAAAGACACGGUGACAGCAGGCUUCGACUCACUACAAGUCUUACAGCAAGACCGACUUUAGCAGCCGACCCAAUCCUUCCUUUGGGAAGUUUCAUCACCCGCUUGUGCGUUAGUUCAUCAUUAAAGGAAAGACGUCCUUGACCGUAAUUGGAUGACGGAACGGAAGUGUGUUGAUGUAAGCGCAAUAUAAAUGAGCACCGCAGGCUAGCCUGUGGCUUCACUGCUGUGUUACUGUAACUGAGAGGUGUGAUUAGCCGGUGUGAAUGCUGUGUAUUGGAGCGGAUUGGCUCCCUGCUUUUGCUCCAUCAUUAACACCAUACCGCUCUUCCCUGGCGGGAUCAUUUCCAUCUCCGUCACACGCUGUUGUGUCAGCUGAAGCCUGCCACUGCAUUUUCCACCCACCUUAGGCACUUGAUGUGUCACGUCGGUCUUAUCUGAAAUAGCUGAAAUGCACCGCCGGUGACAGUCUAGGUCUAUUUGCUGGGAAACAACCCAAGUAAAAUACACAUUUUACGUUUAGUUGUGUUGUGAAUCUGAUAAUUGAUCCAUCCGAUGCUCCACGGUUUAACUCCCAUGGAGAGUUUCUCUCUUUCUCAGGUCUACCUGUGCCUCUUCUCAUAUUCUCCCUUGACUUUUAUGUCCAACAAGUCUCUCCACCUUUAUCAGGACAGGCCAUCUGGCAGGGGAGCAUGGGUAUUGUCAGACUUUGGUGUAACGAGUGGAGCAACUGCAGAUGAGUGAAUGGGUGGAGCCGUGACACCCAGUAUCAUAACCUCCCUGUUUGCCCCUCAAAAGCCUUAAAUAUUUGAUCCCUGAACUGUCCUUGACAAUAGGCAUGGCGUAGAAUAUAAAUUAAUGAUAUCUUUUUGUGAAACUUUAAAUCGGGGGAGCCUACUCCCGAAAGGAAGAUUUUUUUUUUUUUUUUUUUUUGUAUUUAGCAAUGUAUGUGUAGUAUUGGGCUGUAACAGUUCACAUUCACACCAUGUCAUGUUAUGUUUCCUGAACUAGCGUCUUUAUUUCCUUUGUUUACCAUUGCAGCAAAACCUGUUUAAGUCCUAAAUCUGUUUCCUGUCAUGGGCGAACACAUAUGUUGGAAAUGCAAGCUCUACUAAAUGCUUUGCAUCCUGGCUAAGGUUUUUCGGUAACAGCAAGCCUAGUUUAAGCUUUCACGACAGAAUACGUUUCCCAUGAAGCUGCUAUUUUAUUCUGACCACAAAAAAAAAAAUGAUUUCUUAUAAUUGUUGUGAGGAUAGAGUUAAGGUCUAAUUUAUGUUAUGCCUUUUUUGCAAUGCAAUAUUAAUAGGUUGAGUAUCGGCAGAAACAAGUUAUUCCGUUUGCCUGUCGAACGUCAUUUGUAAAGCUUGAGUGUUUAGACUUCCUGUAUUUCUUUCGAUCCUUAUUUCAUGCCUUGUUACAGCUCAAGAGUACAAUGUCAGGUUACUCUUUUAAUAGUUACUAUCUCUAUGUGAAGUGCCUCCUCUGGGCUGAUGUGGACUGAGUGUUUGUGACCAUUGGGAUGGAAAAAUGGACUGGCGCUAGUGCACAUUCCAUAGACGUUGUGCACUGCUCACGAAUGGGGGACCGAGCGAGCUACUUUAAAAACUACUGA